UUUCUUUUUUCUCAAUGUCAUUAGUGUUGUGAUGAGGAAGUAUUAGAAGAGAUCUGUGUUUUUAAGUUUCUCAAAAAUAUCAUUUAAAUAAAAAGCUAUAUUUUCAAAAUAUUAAUAGUCAAUAAUUGAAAUAAUGGGGUACUUAAAAUCCAUUGGUACCGUGAUAAUAUACAUUGGUCUUUUCUUAGCUGUCAUUACCUUUUUACCGGGUUUACCUCCAGACGCAGAAUAUUCCGAAUACAGCAUAAAACUACCCUCUGAUACACAACUGCAAUUUGAGUUAAAAAAUCGGCUACAAGGAGCAGAAGUAUUAUUUUCUGAAGAAGUUAAAGGUCCAGAAUGUUUUGCAUCAUAUAAUGGAGAACUAUAUACUGGUAUACGUGGAGGUUAUGUUGUGAAAAUUGAAGAAAAUCGUAUUAAACCAAUUGUAAAAUUUGGUCAAAAAUGUGAUGGUUUAUGGCAAGAAGAAAAAUGUGGUAGACCUUUGGGUUUAAAGUUCAAUGAUAAGGGAGAAUUAUUUGUAGCUGAUGCUUACUAUGGUAUUUUUAAAAUGAAUGUUAAUACACGACACUAUGUAAACAUAGUCAAUAGUUCUGAACCUAUUGAUGGAAAAGUUCCAAAAUUGGUCAAUUUUUUGGACAUUGCAAAGAAUGGAGACAUUUAUUGGACAGACUCAUCUACAGAUUUUAGAAUACAUCUAAUAUAUAAUAUUUUUUUUUAUAUAUACAAGUAAUUAUUUCUUUGUAGACUUAUUCGAUAUAAUGCAGCAACAAAACACAAUGAAGUAUUGGUACGAAAUCUAGGAUUUGCGAAUGGAAUUUUAUUGAGUGAUGAUGAAAGCUUUGUGAUUGUAUUAGAAUGUCUUACUUCACGCAUUAUUAAGUAUAAUCUAAAAGGGCCAAGAGCUGGACAACAUGAAGUCUUUGCAGAAGCUUUACCUGGUUUGCCUGAUAAUGUACAUAGUGAUGGGCAAGGAGGCUUUUUAGUAUCUUUAGUUCUAUAUGUAGAUUCACAACAUCCUUUCUUACCUCAAUCCCUUAUACCACAUCCAUAUUUGCGAAAAAUGUUAUCCAGAUUGUUGUAUUUGAUAGAAGUUCCCUUUAAAUUGUUGCAAGAUGUAUAUCCAAAUUAUUAUGCAGAAAGAGUUUUACAUUCAGUAGGUUCAUUCGAUACUUCAAGAAUUUUGGAUGUUAAGAAAACUUCGGUAAUACUCAGAAUGGAUAAAACUGGAAAAGUCUUAGAUGCUAUAUAUUCAGAGGAUAGAAAAGUUAAUGAUAUUUCUUCUGCUUACAUACAUAAUGGUUAUUUGUGGCUUGGUUCUCCUUGGAAAGACUGCAUCAUGAGAGUUCCAUUAAAACAAGCAUUUCCGGAUUUAGCAGUCAAUAAAAGAUCUUUGCCAAAUAUUAAAGUAGAAGCAAAAUCCAUAAAUGUUAAACCAACUGCUCAAAGUACUAAAAAUUCGCCUCCAAAAUCAACUGUUAAAGCACAAACACAAAAAUCAAAUUCAGGUGCAACAACUUCAAAGUCUACAUCACAACCUUCCACUACCACUUCAAAACCACCAUCAACUACUGCUGCUCCAAUCACUACUACAACUCCAAAACCAUCAACUACUGUUGCUCCAAUCACCACUACCACUUCAACACCACAUACUUCAAAUGUGAUACCAAAAGAAGCUAAAAAAGUUAAUGCACAAGGAGUUAAGAAAGAUAAUUUAAAGGAAAUUAAAAAGGAUAAUUCAAAAGAAAUUAAAAAGGAUAAUUCAAAGGAAAUUAAAAAUGAUAAUUCAAAGGAAAUAAAAAGGGACAAUCCUGCUAAAUCUGAAGCAUCUAAAAAAAGCAACGAAGCAAUAGUAAAACCGAAAUCUGAUGACGCUAUUAAGAAAGGUGCUCAAAAUACUCAAUCUGCAAAAUCCAAGCCUGUAGAGAAAAAAGAAGACUCUAGUAAGAAGUAAACAAGCGCGUACAAAUGCAGACAUUAAUCUAAAUUUGAAUUCAAGCUUGAUUGUGUUAUUCCAUUCCAUGUUAAAAGUUCUUCACAUU